AUGAAUUUGUUGAUCGCUGUUUUGUUAUUCGCCGCAUUGGCGGUCUAUGUAUUUGCAAGACCAGUGGAUGAUGUUCGAUACAAGAGGGAUAGUCCACCAGGACCACCAGAUCAUCCACCACCAUCCCCUGAUCCAAAGAAUCUCAUCGUGAAGAGAGACAGUGUGCCAGAUCCAGGACCAAAAGCCAAAAGAGAUAGUCCACCAGGACCCCCGGACCAUCCACCACCACCUCCACAUGCAGAUCGUAUCGAGAAGAGAGAUCCGGGACCACCAGUUCCACCGCUUCCACUCCCUGGAAGAUGA